AUGAGAUCUUUCCUUACGAUAAAAUUUCAAGAACAAUUAGUUAAACAGGUAAAUCUCAUUUCUGCAAGCUGCAAUAUCAAUUCUGGUGUUGUUACUUGUUCGGGAAAUGGCGUUAUCAAUCCAAAUGAUGUUUCGAAUUUCAAAGCUGAUGCGACAAAACUUGUAGUUCAGCAAGGAGUUGAAGGAGUAAAUGUAAGCGCUUUCGAGUCAUUUACUAAAUUAGCGUCAAUUGAGUUAAAUUCUAACUUAUUUAUUGGGUCCCGCGCAUUUUAUGGCUGCACAUCAUUAAAUUCAGCUACAUUACAACAAGGCAUCACAAGCAUUGGUGAUAGUGCUUUCCAAAAUUGUAAUACUUUAACAAAAAUUCAAUUACCAGAUUCAAUCCUUUCUCUUGGCAACAAUUGCUUUGAUUCAUGCACAGCUCUUGCAACAAUAACAUUACCCGCCAACUUACAGAAAGCAGGACAAGCUUGUUUCAAUAAUUGUGGUGCUUUACAAGAUAUUCAGUUCAAAAACAAAAUAAACACAUUACACGAGAAUGUCAUUGAUGGCUGCAAUGGUCUCAAGCACAUAACAUUCGUAAUUACCGAACAAAAAUACACUCGUUCCCCUUUCAAGAACUGUAAAAAUCUUGAAAAAGUUACUUUGAUCGAAAAUGAAUUUCUUUUCUUACUCAAAAUACCCGAUAACUAUUUCUUGGACUGCACAUCAAUCAAGGAGAUCGAACUCAACAUCCCUAACGUUUCUUGGUUCGGAAUGAAUUCUUUCAAAGGUUGCACUAGUUUACAAAAAGUGACAUAUUUACAACCAUUCAAAAAUCUUGGCAAACUUUUGAUUUCAUCAUUCGAAGGCUGCAAGUCACUUGAGGAAAUAUUUCUCCCUGAUACUGUUGAAUUAAUUGGUUCUUUCGCUUUCAAGGGUUGCGAAAGUUUACAAAAAGUGACACUUCCUUCAAAAGUAACGGUUAUAUAUGCCAGCACUUUUUAUGGCUGCACUAAUUUGCAGAGUGUUGUAUUUAAUCAUGAUAUCAACUCGAUUGGUAUUUCUGCUUUCGAGAACUGCGUAAACUUGAAAGAAAUGACAAAUGGAUUACCAAAAUCAAUGACAAUUAUUGGUGCAAACACAUUUUGUAACUGUGCAAAACUUGAAGAAGUGACAAUUGACUCAUCAUUAGUUUUCGUUUCCGAUAAUUGUUUCAAAGGAUGUGUUAGUUUAAAGAAUGUCACAUUUGAAUUAGAAAAUUCUGACAUAAAUAUAAUUUAUUCUUCAGCAUUUAUGAAUUGCUUUGGUUUAGAAGAAGUGACAUUACCUGAUUCCAUUACUUUCAUUGAUGCUUCAUCAUUCGAGAAUUGCAUCAAUCUAAAACAAGUUACUUUCGGUGAAGAAUUGGGAGAAAUCAGACAAAGAGCUUUCUUCAAUUGUUCUUCAUUGACUACAUUAGUUUUGCCAAAUCAAUUGACAAAAAUUGGUGACAACAGUUUCAACGGUUGUUCUCAAAUUACAGAGAUUGUUUUAGGAAAAGCACUUAAAGAUAUUUCUGCAUCUGCUUUCACAGGAGUUUCUAAUGUUAAGACAGUUACUUAUCCAUUAUUUAACACGAUAAAUACAGCAUGUUUAUCAGCAUCAUUUAACUCAAUUGAAAACAUUAUUUUGAUUGAUUCUGUUGACAAACUAACUGCUUUUGAUAAUGAUUGCUUCAAUGUUUUCACAGCAAUUUCCAAUGUUACAUUUCAAGCUUCCUCAAUAAAAGAAUUUGGACCAAAGACAUUUAAUGGUUUUCCAAAUAUGGAAAGUUUGUCAUUCGAUAAAGGCCAAAAUGUUGAACUUAAAAAGAAUGCUGUUUAUAACAAAGACAAACUUAAGAGAGUAGAAUUUGAUUGCAAUGACUUGUAUUUAGAUGAAAGUUCAUUUGCAAACAAUGUUAAUCUUGAAAAAGUAAUUGUUAACAGAUAUCUUGCUGAAAUUAAAGAUUCCGCAUUUGCUGGAUGCACAAACUUGAACACUGUUUUCUUACGUUGUGCACCUAAUCUCAAACUAGGAAAUUCAAUUUUCGAUGGUUGCAAUAACAUAAGAUUAUUUACAUUGAUUGUUAAUGAUUUAGUUUUAACAAGUGCCUUUACUAAACAGAUUCCUUCUGUUAAUGUUUUGUCAAUUUCUGGUAAAAUGACAAUUAAAGGUAAUGCAUUGAGUGAAAUUACUGAAUUAGUUUCUCUUUCUAUUGAUGGUGAAUUCACUUUAGAAGACAAUGCAUUUUCAGGCAUGAAAGGAACAAAAUUAUCUUUGAAUACUAAAAAUGCAUUAGUUUUGCAAAAAUCAUAUUUUGGAAAUUGCCAAAACUUGAAUGAAAUCACAAUUAAUGCUAAUCAAGUUACUUUUGAUGAAAAAGUAUUUGGAGAAACAAAGAUGAAAGAUAUUGAAAUCAAUUCACCAAUUAUCAUCUUUAAUCCACAUUGCUUCUGUGAAUUAAGUAGUUUAACAAAUAUUGUUGCAAAUGGAACAGUUAAAACAAUGGGAGAAUAUGCAUUUAAUAAUUGUUCCAAACUUGAAAAGAUUGAUUUCUUUUCUGUUGUCAAAAAGAUCGAAAACUUCACAUUUAAUGGCUGCUCAUCACUUUCAAGUUUCAAGAUUAAGAGUGACAUGUUGAGCAGUUUAGGAUAUUCUGCAUUCAAAGGAUGCUCUAAUAUGGAAAAAAUUUCAAUUGAUACUCAACAAGGAUUAACUAUUUCUAAUCAUUGUUUCUGCUCUUGCGCCAAAUUAAAUACAUUUGAAUCAGCUAAAAUUGAUGUAGUUUUAGACAAAUACGCUUUCCAUAACUGUAUCAGUUUAGAAAAUAUCAAUGUUGCUUCAAUUAUCAGCGUUUCUGAUUAUACUUUCUGUGGCUGCCAGAAGCUUUCAAGUAUCGAAAUCAAGGAUUUGGACAAUAUCCCUCCUCAUUGCUUUGAAAACUGCGUGAAUUUGCAAACAAUUAAAACAGAAAGCAUAACUAAAGAAGUUUCCGAUUAUGGAUUUUACAAAUGCCAGAAUUUGAAGGAAUUCAAUCUUGAAAAUAUCACAAGAGUUGGACAAUUUGGUUUCGCUUUCUCAGGAAUCCAGAAAUUAAGUAUUCUCAACAACGAAACUGAUUUGAUAUUAGCAAACUAUUCUUUCUCAAAUUGCCUUGAUUUGACCGAAGUUUAUGUUGCUAACAACACAGUUAUUUAUGAAAAUUGCUUUGCAAAUGAUACUAAGUUAUCUAAAUUCUUAUACUGUGGAAAGUCUGAAAUUGCAGAUAACAUCUUCAGUGGAUGCACAAACUUGAAAGAAAUCACAGUUUCUUUUGAUUAUUCUAAGAAGAAGAUGUCAGGAAUUCCAGUUAAGAGAGAUAACAUUUGUGGACCAAGUGAUUACCAAAGAGACAGAAAGUUAUAA